CAACAAACAUGUUAUCAACUGGAAGAUACCUACGUCCUACUUAUAAACUUCUUUCAACCGAUUAUAAAAGAAGUUGUAUACGUUCUUCCUGGUAUCAUCGACUACAUACAACCAGAAAUCCUACACAAACGGCUAUGGUGACAGAUCCUCUAGAGCAUUUUGAUACACCCAAUUCAAGGAUAGAUUCUGUACACGAUACACUUUUUGAAGAUACUACAACAACUCUAGAUCCUUUUAAUAGCUUUGAAGAACUGGAUACCUCAUUACUCUCAAAACAACAAAAAACUAGUGAUAAACAUGAUAAGAUUUUGAAUUUUUCGGACCUACGACAACAAAUAUACCAAGAUAUCUUGCAUCCAGAAGAAUCAAAAGGAGUACAGUCAACGGAUCUACCAGCAUUGAAUCAAAUUCUCAAGGGUCAUCGACAAGGUGAAUUGACAAUUGUAACAGGAACAACAGGUGGUGGGAAAACAACGGUAAUGAGUCAACUGUCCUUGGAUUACUGCAAAAGUGGAGUACCAACCUUAUGGGGAUCCUUUGAAAUUCUGAAUCAACGAUUAGCCAAGAAGAUGCUUUAUCAAUUUGCAGAAAAAGAUCUUAGUUUAUAUCCUGAAGAACUUGACCAUUGGGGAAAUGAAUUCGAAAAGCUUCCACUUUAUUUUUUGAAAUUCUUUAGUAGCACGGCGAUCGAUGAUGUUCUUGAAGCAAGUCAACAUGCAGUAGAUAAGCACGGUGUUCAACAUAUCAUUCUUGACAAUCUUCAAUUCAUGUUAUCACAACAAGGUAGAUCAAGUUUAGAUCGAUGGGAAUUACAAGAUUAUGCAGUUCAUCAAUUACGAAGAUUCGCCACCAAACAGAACGUCCACAUCUCCCUGGUAGUCCAUCCAAGAAAGGAUCCUGGUGAACAAAUGGAUAUCAACUCAGUUUUCGGUAGCGCCAAGGUCACACAAGAGGCAGACAAUGUCAUCAUCCUACAAAAGCAUGGUCUUGGUGGACUUCAAUACCUCGAUGUGAAGAAGAACAGAUACGAUGGUACUACUGGCGUUAUUCCCUACAAAUUCGAUCGAGAAUCACUCAAGAUUCGAUCGUGCACAGAGGAUGAAGUGAAACAAGCUUCGAAAGGAUUAAAUCACAGAAGUAGUCAAUCUUCCGUCCAAACAGUUACAAGCAAUUAUAGAUCAAGGUCAUUCUCUCAUUCUUCUUAGUUAGUACUUUAUUUGUUUGUUUCCCUUAUAUCUUUUAUAAAUAUACAUUCAGCAC